AUGUGGCCGCCUGACCUUAUUCAAAAGGCCAAAGAUGGUGGCCUUGAUGCCAUUGAAACUUAUAUAUUUUGGGAUCGUCACGAACCUGUUCAACGUCAAUAUAAUUUCUCAGGAAAUUUGGAUUUUGUCAAAUUUUUCAAGCUUAUCCAAGAAGCUGGACUAUAUGCCAUUAUGAGGAUUGGUCCUUAUGCAUGUGCGGAAUGGAACUAUGGAGGGUUCCCGUUGUGGCUUCACAAUAUUCCUGGGAUCGAGCUAAGAACAGAUAAUCAGGUUUACAAGAAUGAAAUGCAAAUUUUUACCACAAAGAUCGUGAAUGUGGCAAAAGAAGCAAAUUUGUUUGCAUCACAAGGAGGUCCCAUUCUUCUAGCUCAAAUUGAGAACGAAUAUGGUGAUAUCAUGUGGAAUUACAAAGAUGCAGGGAAGGCAUACGUUAAAUGGUGUGCUCAGAUGGCCCUAGCACAAAAUAUUGGGGUUCCAUGGAUCAUGUGUCAGCAACCUGAUGCUCCUCAACCCAUCAUAAAUACUUGCAAUGGAUACUAUUGUCAUAAUUUUAAACCCAAUAACCUAAAAAGUCCUAAAAUGUUCACUGAAAAUUGGAUUGGUUGGUUCCAAAAAUGGGGUGAAAGGGUUCCCCAUAGAAGUGCUGAAGAUUCAGCUUUCUCAGUCGCACGCUUUUUCCAAAAUGGAGGUGUAUUAAACAAUUACUACAUGUACCAUGGAGGAACUAACUUUGGCCGCACAGCAGGUGCACCAUAUAUGACAACAUCUUAUAACUAUGAUGCACCGAUUGAUGAUUCUAAUGGACUCAAUUGGGAAUGGAAAAUGGAGCCAAAGAAAGACACCAUGCACGGAAAGGGAAAUAUUAAAGCACACCAGCUUUUGGAGCAAAAGGAACUAACCUUGGAUGCUAGUGACUAUUUAUGGUACAUGACUAGUGUUGAUAUCAAUGACACGUCAAUUUGGAGCAAUUCAACUCUCCGUGUGAACACUAUGGGCCAUACACUUCAUGGUUAUGUUAAUAGGAAGUAUAUAGGAUACCAAUUUAGCCAAUGGGGAAAUAAAUUCACUUAUGAAAAGAACGUUUCUUUGAAGAAUGGAACAACGUUAUAA